AUGUCCAAACCUAAUGUUUUCUUUGACAUAUCUGUUGACGGGCGACCUUUUGGUCGCGUCGUAUUCAAGCUAUUUGACGAUGUCGUCCCAAAGACUGCAAGGAAUUUCCGCGAGUUGAGCACGGGUCAGCAUGGCUUCGGCUACAAAGGCUCUCCAUUCCAUCUUGUGAUUCCUAAUUUCAUGCUCCAAGAAGGUGAUUUUACAAAGGGCAACGGAACUGGUGGCAAAUCCCUCUAUGGAGACCAUUUCGCAGAUGAGAAUUUCAAGUUGAAACAUGACAGAUCUGGUCUCUUAUCCAUGGCCAACGCAGGGAAGAUACGAAUGGGUCUCAAUUUUUCAUCACGGUGA